UGCUGGAACUUCGUUAAGACUUAAGUUGAUCAAGAUCAGGACAAAUACGACUAAAAUAAAGUAUUAAAAUGAAAGUUGAAGGACAAAAGACCAUGCUUCACGAGUUUUAUUCGCUGCAGGAGGAGAGAGUCAGGGUCUACCAUCUAUUAGAUGAAGGGCAUAAAGCAUACCUAGGGACAUCCCCGGACUAUGACUUUGUUGCGUAUCGUCAGAUUGUACACGACAGGACCGAAGAUUUCAAGCGUAUCUCACAGAGGAUUAUCGGCAUAGAGGCGGCGUUUCGGGAGCAGUACCAGAACAUUGCCAUCGCAGAUUGCUUGAAGAAGAUACAGGAAGCCGAGCAGGACAAACUUGAAAAGACUGCAGCCCUUCAACUGACCAAACAGAGAUUGCAGGAUGAACCGGGAAAUGAGGAACACAAGAGGGAGCUUUCUGAUCUUAAACACAGAUUGGCAGUUGUGAUGGAGAGGAUAACAGAUGCAAUGGAAGAUCUUAAGUAUGAAACCGAUGGGUUAUGACAUCAUCACUUAUAUGAUCAAUGAACAAAGUCUUCAUGAGGAAUAGUAUCUCCUGGAGGAAGAAACAAUUGUUGCCUUGAUGACGAAGUACUCCAUGUACGUUGUCUCGUGGAUGAUCAGCUGGAUUAAUUCCUUUAAAAAUGGAAUCAAAGGGUGAAGAUUCUCAUAUGAAUGGCCUGCAACAGGGUUUUCUGCUUUCCCCUCCCCUAUUCAAGGACUGAGGUCAUGGAUGAUCAGCAAAAGACCAGGAACACUUUGUUUGGCUUUGAAUGCUCAAUCAAAAAUUAAUUGGGUUGUAUUUGUGAUAUUGGUUGAUAUUCUCAAAGACAAUGGGCCCACCUCAUAAAAUUUGUUAUAAUCACAAAUUUGCCAUCUGUUAAAAGCCACUGAAAUCCUUCAAUCUGCUUGGCUGACAGUAAAUAUGUUAUAAAUGUUGUGCAUUUGUUAUUAUAACAAUAUGAAAUAGGACCCACGCAUUUGGUAGCAAUGGAUUGAUCAGUAAAUCUAGCUUCCAAUUAUUCUACAGGCACAGACCUUCGGUGCUUCACAUAGUGCAAAAUGGGGAGUCUGAAGUAGAAGACUAUAUCCACUCAUGUUCUGUAGCUACUUCUACAUUAAUUUUGGAGUAUAGUCUCCAUCAUAGACAUGAAAAAAUUCUAAUAGUCAUAUUUGAGUCUGUGAAUGCAGACUAGUUUCCAAUCAUUCAUUUUAGCGUAUAGUCUCCAUCAUAAGCAUGCUUUUUUUUAAUGAUGUCAACUUUGAGUCUGUGCAUGCAGACUAGAUACCAAUUAUGGACCAAAUAUUUUAUGUACCGGUAUACCUACAGUACACAAUAUUGUACCAUCUUGUUAAAUAAAACUUAUCCAUGUCAAAUAAAGCUCAAUUUCAAAUUCAUAUAAAAUUACCUCCAAACUAUUUUAAAAGUUUCAUAUUUUAACUUGUCAUUAGCAAGACAAAUGAAAAUAAGUAUAUGAUGUAUAUAUUUUCCUUGAUGACAUGGGGAUAAGUGUCAAAGAGUCAAGUGUUAUUAAAAGGUGUCAUUUUUUUUUAGAUUCAUCUGUUUUUCUCACGUCUGGUCUAUUGGAGUGAUGCAAGAAACUGGCAAUCAAUUGCAAGUCAAUUUUGGGUCACAAAAUUAACCAUAAGUCCUGUCAUGUCCCCACUCUC